AUGAAACUCAGCACGUUUUUGGCGCUCGGUGCGAUUGGAGUCAAUCCGAAAAGAACUGAAGCCGAAUUGCAUCGCUUUGCAAGAUCGAAUAAGCAAUGCAUCAGAAAGGAUUGGGAAUAUCCUGAACGCGGCGGUCGGUUGACGAAAAUUGUUGACAAUCUGACCAAAGUCUGCAAAUUCUACAUUGACAAGCCGGCCUACCAAUGCCGCUGUCUCAAAAAGCAGAAGAAAAUGUACUGGACCUUCAUCAAGGCCCGGCGAGUUUGCAGUGAUCGACAGAAGAAACAUAACAAGAGAAAGAACAGAGAUCGACGCGACGCUGAAGAAAACGAAGACAACAUUCUCGAUGAAGAUGAUGGCGUCGUCGAUCAGGUUGCCCGAGACCUUAUUGAUACCGAACUCUCGCAGGUUGAUGGGCCAGUAAGCGUUGACAUGCUGGAAGAACUCUACCUCGAAAAUUGUGAUGGCAUGGAUGUCUACUCCGUCGACGAAGCUACAGCUGAGGAAUGCAACGAUCUAACAGACCUCAUCGAAGACAUGAAAGACGCUGCUAUAAGCCGUGGUGGUGAUUUGGAUGAAGAAAUCAAGGAACGAGCAGAGAUCAUCCUCAGAAUCAACAAAAUGCACAAUGCUAUGUCAAACUGGGUUCGAUCCUACGUUUCUAAGGGCCCCUGGUGCAAGGACAAACGAGGUAACUACAUCGACAGGAUCCAGGAGAACAUGCGCCGAAUGCAAAAGCGAAGACGAAGCUAUCCAACCAAUCCACAGAAACUCAAGAGAAAGCGAAAGGAAGAACGUGAAGCCAAACUCGCCGCUGCUGCUGCUGAGGGCAACUAG